AUGGCCUCUAGGACUAGGACUGUGUCUGUGAGAGUUCAAGCCGUGGCGGUCAAAGAUGCGACCUCCGUCGUAGACGACGGUGGUGUGGGGUGGAAGGGCAUUUCCAAUUGGGAGAGUGUCAUCGUUGCAUCGCGGGGAAUUGAGGGUAGCGAAUCAUGGGAUGUAAGAGAUGCAUACGAGGUUGCUUGUUUGGUUGCGGUGGUUUUGGUCUAA